UCAUGGUGUUCUAAGAGGCAGCAUGGGCCAGCUAUGAACGUUGCUGUCAUAAAGCUCACUUGGCUGGGUUACUGUCCUGUGUCUCGAGCCGCUUCCGGUGAAUGUUACACACCUUCUCCACAGUUUGUCUGAUAUCCUUAGCCAGUUGCAGUAUUGGCUAUGUCACCACCUACACAUUCACACGAGAACUUCAGUUCUGUCACCAGCUUGGGGAAGAAAUCAUUCAAUCUGCUAGGUGCUUGAAGAUAGUAGGAUUAACAGGAAGGAAAUGAGACUUCCCUUCUCACCAAGAUGAGUGACACACAAGACAUUCAGGAAGCUUCGACGGCCCUGCAGAGCGAUGCCAGCAAGCAAGAAAUGAAGAAACCAGAGCAAGGAGACGACAAACUUAAAGCUCCCCCAACAAAACAGCAGUCUUCGGUACAUUUUUUCCCAAAGACAACAUGUUCAGACGAAAUAACACCACCGCUGUCACUGUCCUUGUCCCGUGAAAUACCUCUCAGUCACUAUCUGCCCAGUUCUCAGAUCAGUGGAGUGACUAUAUCAACGAUAGGACCACUGGCUUCUAAAUCUACCAUGAGCUGUUUCCCAGCAGACACCAGCUUUGGAAUCAGCUGCUUCUUAGGUCCAAAGAAACAGAUACUGAGCCUCAACCCUGAGCCGUCUAUGAUUGGGGAAGGAGACGAUUAUUUCCUGUCUUUGUUUGGUGAUCCAGAGAAACUUGUUUCACAGUCAGGACACACUGAGAAAAUUUACAAACACUUUUCUAUGAUUCUUGAAGAAGUUGGCCAAUCUACAUCCAGUUCUCUUGGUGAUAUCAAAAUAGCAGAAGUCAAUGUGCAGGGUUUAUUCGUAAGGCUCAUCAAUGCUUCACGUGACAAAGAACUAGACAUUGGAAAUCAUAUUCUGCAGCAAAACGUGAAUGGACAAGCGCUCUCCUUGUACCGAUUCCUCCCGAACAUUGUAAUGCAGGCCAAUUCCACAGUGACAGUAUGGGCAGCAGCGUCAGAAGCGAAGCAUCAGCCACCACCAGAUUUUCUCUGGAAGGAACAAGACAGAUUCAGAACAAGCCCAGACUGCACAACAAUCCUAUGCAAGCCUAAUGGUGAAGCCAUUGCCUGGUAUACCCCUAUCCACUGGAAGCAAGCAUGGGAAAAAUUAGAAUCUGACAUAGAAUUUGACAGAUGUGCAGUAGUCACUCCAACAUUCCGAAGGCACAUGUUUCGAUGGACAAUGUCUACAACUUCAGUAGCUAAAGAUAAACAAGACCAGCCUAAGAAAGCUACCUCAACGUAUGAGGUGGAGCAAGAUCAACAUUUUCUCAAGAGAGAAAAGGAAAUCCCACCAACCCUCUUCCCCAACCACAGCCCUUGGUGCCACAGUCCCUCUGUCUCUGCGCAUCCCUACUCUCCUCUGAUUGAACCAUACGACACGUUCACUCCUGGAAGAAGCUUGAGUGGACUGCCCACGUCUCGGUCAACUAGGCCUGAUCUAGCCUCAAAUGGAGAGGGAGAGAUUGAAAACAAGAACUCCCAUCCACUCAUUUACUCCCCAAAUUUCCACAAGCGUGGGGACUGGGCCAGGCCAGAGCCAGUAGGAUGGAGCUCGACCCGGGUCUCCCAUGCUGGUGACCAGGACCUAACCGCUGGAGCCAUUACUUUGUGCCUUAACAGGAAGCUGGUUGCACAUACCAGGGGAUUCCAAUUCAAUCCCAUCAAGGUGGCAUGUGCCAAUGCCAUCUCACUAUUCCAAGUGAUCAAUUUCAGUUCACAAUUGAUCAUAAUGAAAGGACUAAGAGUCAAAGGGAACACAUAAACAAGUCUAGUAUCU